CACGCCCAUUUGUUAAUGAAAGCUGCGAGCCGCAUCCUGCAGUACAGGCGCUUGAAGUCGAACUUUACCAGCAGCGCACGCGCACCAUGGCAGCAGAUCUGGAGAUUAGCCGAUGUGACCUGCAAUGUGAAGUGAAUAACGCCAACCACCACACAGACCUCAACGGCACAGACCGGCUCAUAGUGAGGAGAGGCCAGGCCUUCACCAUCACACUGCACCUUCAUUCUGGACAGUUUGAGCCUGGUGUCAGCACCUUUAGCCUUGUUGUGGAGACAGGACCCUGUGCCAACGAAUCAUCUAAAACAAAGGCAGAAUUUGUCUUGUCAGAAUCACCAGUCGAGAACUCCUGGAGCGUGGUAGCGUCCGACCAUGAUGAAUAUUCUUUGUCGCUGUCAAUCUCCUCCCCUCCAAAUGCUUGUAUUGGCCGCUACUCUCUGUCAUUUAAGCAGAACCGCAGUGUUCCUCUUGGGGACUUCAUCCUACUCUUUAAUCCUUGGUGUCCAGGAGACUCAGUGUACAUGAAUGAUGAGGACAGUCUUUCAGAAUAUGUGUUGGCGCAAGAUGGCCUUAUCUUCCGAGGGACUCAUAAAUCCAUUAUUCCAGCUGCAUGGAACUUUGGGCAGUUUGAACCUGGUAUUUUGGAUGCAUGCCUUCGGCUCUUGGAUGAAAAUCCUAAAUUUUUGAAUAAUGCUGAUCGUGACUGCUCUAAAAGAUGUAGUCCAGUUUACAUCACCAGAGUAGUGAGUGCCAUGAUUAACUGUAAUGAUGAUAAAGGAGUCCUCUCUGGACGAUGGGACAAUAAUUACAAAGACGGAGUGAGUCCAAUGAGCUGGAAUGGAAGUGUGGAGAUUCUUCGAGACUGGGACACCAUGUCAUGCAAACCAGUCAAGUAUGGCCAGUGCUGGGUGUUUGCAGCUGUUGGUUGCACAGUGCUGCGGUGUUUAGGUAUUCCCAGUCGUGUGAUUACAAAUUACCUGUCUGCUCAUGACACAAACAGCAACUUGGUCAUCGAACGUUAUUUUGAUGAAAAUCUACGACUAAUACCCAACAAAUCUAAAGACAUGAUAUGGAAUUUUCACUGCUGGGUGGAAUCUUGGAUGACCCGUCUAGACCUAAAAAGUGGCUUUGAUGGUUGGCAGGCAAGUGAUCCAACACCACAGGAAAGAAGUGAGGGAGAAUACUGCUGUGGUCCUGUCCCAGUCAGGGCUAUUAAAGAGGGAGAGCUAACCCUAAAGUAUGAUGCCCCGUUUGUUUUUGCGGAGGUCAACGCUGAUGAGGUUUGCUUUAUUAAGCGUAAAGAUGGCACACAACAGAAGAUGCAUUUUACUGCAAAAGUGGGUGAAAAAAUCAGCACCAAAGGUGUUGGUUCAGAUAAACGAGAAGAUAUCACACACUUGUAUAAGUAUCCCGAAGGAUCCGAUGAAGAAAGGAAAGUCUUUGAGAAAGCUAAUCAUCAAAACAAGUUGCUGCAGAAAGACACAGAAGAAGGAUUAAACAUUAAAAUCAAAGUGUCACAGGAGAUGAAGAUGGGCAGCGACUUUGACAUCUUUGCAGUUAUCACCAAUAAUACACCCAUGGCAAAGUUGUGCCGCCUAAUGUUUUGUGCACGAGCUGCCUGCUAUAACAGUGUUAUGGGGAUAGAGUGUGGCUCCAAGGACCUACUCAAUGUGCAGCUUCAGCCAAAUGAAGAGAAACGGAUACCUUUAAGAGUUAUUUACUCCAAAUAUUGCCAUGCUAUCACAGAUCAAAAUCUCAUUAAACUUGCUGCCUUGCUUAUCGACUAUGGUACUAAAGAUGCAAUUCUGGCAAUGAGAGAUAUAUACCUUGAGAACCCACCUAUUAAAAUUAAGAUUUUGGGUGAACCCAAGGCAAAUCGGAAAAUGGCUGCAGAAAUUUCACUGAUAAACCCACUGUCUGAGUCUCUGGAAGACUGUACAUUCUGUAUGGAAGGAGCAAAUCUGACAGAAGGGAAAAUAAUUCGUGAAAAAAUAUCACCAGUGGCCCCAGGACAGGAAGCCAAGGUAAAGGUGUAUUUUUGCCCCACCAAAGCCGGUCUUCGAAAACUGGUUGUGGAUUUCAACAGCAGUCGCCUGAGGGAUGUCAAAGGCUACAGAAAUGUUAUCAUUGCCUAAUGGAUGUCGGAUUCAUAAUCAAUCAUACGUCAUUUAUGUCAGCAUCCACCUCUUUAUAUUACCCAGAAUACAAAUGUAAUCACUCUGUUAAUCUCUACCAUUCCCUUUCCCAUGAUAUGAAUUAAGCUUUGUUAUUUUUAGAUUUUUAAGAUUUGUUAUAGAUAUGCUUUCCCUUCAUUUUCAAUUGCUCCCCAUGCAUUUACUGGUUUAUGAAAAUUUAAAACAGUAUGUGUAACUCAGUUAUAACUUUGUUAUGAACUUUCUCAUGUGCCUGCUUGCAUCCACGUUGUAUAUUACAUUUAUAAAUGCUUUAUGCUACAACUAUGUUAUUUUUAACUUUCUUACCAUGUAUUUUUUAUCAUCCAGUUUACCGAGUGCUCUUCUAUUAGAGUGUCAGAAUUACCAAACUUUUCAAAAAAUAAUUUUUUCUGCAGGGGUACAAAUUAAACAACCUCUUACUAA